AUGGAGGCUGGCUCUGUGGUCCGAGCAGUCUUUGAUUUCUGUCCCAGUGUCUCUGAGGAGCUGCCCCUCUUUGUGGGAGAUGUCAUCGAGGUAUUGGAUGUGGUGGAUGAGUUCUGGCUCCUUGGCAAGAAGGAAGGUGUCACAGGGCAGUUUCCUAGCAGCUUUGUGGAACCUGUAGAUAUUCCCCCUUUGAAGCAGGGAGAAAAACUGCUUGUUUGCACCAAUGACUUCACAUCUCAAGAGCCAGGGAGCUUGUCAUUGCAGAGAGGAGACCUGGUGAUCCUGGGGGGGUCCCUGGCCUCCAGCUGGCUCCAGGGCCGAAGUAGCUGGGGUUCCAAGGGCUUUUUCCCCUCAUCAUGUGUGCGGGAGCUGUGCCUUUCAGUUCGGAGCCGUCAGCUGUCCCAGACUGCUCUCCUGGAGGUGCCUGCCUACUCGCUGGGCCAAGCCCGGGCCCUGAUGGACCUGUCUGCUCAGCUGGAGGAGGAACUGGACUUCAGGGAAGGGGAUGUGAUAAACAUUAUUGGUGUCCCAGAGCCUGGCUGGUUCGAAGGUGAGCUCAGAGGCUGCAGAGGCAUCUUCCCAGAGGGUUUUGUGGAACUGCUUACUCCUCUGCGAGCACCAGGAACCACAGUGGAUCCAGAGCCCACAGGGACAUGUGACACCAAUGGGAUGGUAGAGAUAUCCCCUAAGGAGGAGGAGGAGCCAGGGAGCACUUAUGGUGUUGCCCUUUAUCAGUUCCAAGCCCUGGAGCCCAAGGAACUGGAUUUUGAUGUGGGUGACAGGAUUCGGAUCGUAGGUGUUCUGGAAGAUGGUUGGCUGGAGGGGGAGCUGAGGGGAAAACGCGGCAUCUUUCCACACAGAUUUGUGAAGCUGGAAACGUCUGAGCCUUGCAAGGGAAAGGCAAGUGCUGGGGAUCCCCAAGGUGGAGGGACCUGUGGAGUCACCAUCCAUCAAGACCUAGAAAGCACCUGCUCUGAAGCUCUUCCUUUGUCAGAGAAAGAUGGCAGAAAAAGGGAGGAUGCGCACCCUGAGCCUGACACCAUUUCAUCUCACACGAUGGGGAGAACAGAGGGUCAUCUUGGCACAGAUCUGAAACAGCAUAAGGCCUUUCCUGGCACUGGACACCAAGGGCCACAUCCCAAAGGCACAUCAAACUCCCUCCCCAUUGACUGCACCAAGACAGUCAAUGGUCUUCUCCCUGAUGCUCAACUGCCUUCCCAGCAGGGCAACAGGCCCGGCCAAGCAGGUGAGCUGAAGCCUGCGGGAACCAUUUCAGCCUCCCAGGGAAACUCAGAAACUCACACCCUGCCUGAGCAUGAUGAAGAGAGUCCCAGUGUGCCCCCUGAGGCUCCCCACUUCCUCCUGGAUCCUUGCAGGAGCCAAGCAAUUUCCUCUCCUAACAACUGGGCAGCCUCUGAGCCCCAGGAGAGCCAUAGCAGCUUCCAGGACCUGGACAACUGGAUGGAUGGUCAACAGGAGAAAUCCAAACCUUGUUCCUCUGGUUUGGGAGGUUCCCAGGUGGGCUUGGACACGUGGGCUGGGAGCUUGGGGGAAUGCUGCCAGCUUGCAGUGCAGGGGGAUGGCUGCAUGGACCUCGACUCCAAACUGACAGAGCAGCUGGCGCAGUUUGAGAAGAGUUUGACCACGACCGGCGCUGAGCAGGACAAGGUUUCCCGACACUUUUCUAUCUUGGACUACAGCUCUGAGAAGGACAUUGUCCGUGGGUCUCCUGAGUGUGCCUCCCACACCAGGCAGCCAGAGAGGAGGAAAGCCCUGAGGCCACCCCCUCCUCGGCCCAGCAGCCUUGCAACAACUCCUGUGCACACUCUGGGUGGCCAGGUGCCCAAAGGCAGGACUUUGUCCUUCUCAGUGAAGCCCUCCCGGCCUGCGCCCCGACCUCCAACAAGCAACCAGCGGAGGAAUGUGCCCCCCCCACAGCUUCAGCCUAGCAGCCAGGAGCAGCGGGCACAGGAGGGACACGAGGACUUGACACAGGCAGGAACAGCUUCUCCCCGCUCCAUUCUGCUGACAAGGAUCAGAGAGGUGGAGCAAGACCUGGAGACUUAUGGCAAGACCCGUGCUGAGCUAAGCCUGAUGCUGGAGGAGCAGCAGGAUGAGCUGGUGAGAGCAGAGACCCUGGAAAACCUUGAUUUUUGUGACUCCAACAUUGAGCGCCUCAGCAUGGAGCUGCAGGAGCUGAGAGAGAUGACUCUCCUGUCCUCCCAGACACCAUCCCUGGAGACAUCCUCGGCUGCCACUGAGAGCCCAGAGCAAAGGAUGCUGGAGAAGAGGUCCAAGGUUAUUGAGGAACUGCUCCAAACAGAGCGGGACUAUGUCAGAGACCUGGAGAUGUGUGUGGAGAGGAUCAUGGUGCCCCUGCAGCAGGCACAGGUAGGAAAUAUAGACUUUGAGGGUCUUUUUGGAAACAUCCACGUGGUAAUUAGCUUCUCCAAGCAGCUGCUGUCUACCUUGGAGGCUUCAGAUGCCAUCGGGCCAGUGUUUCUGGCACAGCGUGCAGAGCUGGAGAACGUCUACAAGGUGUAUUGCCAGAACCACAAUGAGGCCAUUGCACUGCUGGAAACCUAUGAGAAGGAUGAGAAGAUACAGAAACUACUCCUGGACCUUCUGGAUAGCCUCAGGAGCCUGUACAGUGAGUGGGGCUGCACAAACUACAUUAAUCUGGGCUCCUUCCUCAUCAAGCCAGUGCAAAGGGUGAUGCGGUACCCACUGCUGCUGAUGGAGCUGCUGAGUGCUACCCCUGAAGCUCACCCUGACAAGGCACCACUCACAGCUGCUGUCCUGGCAGUUAAAGAAAUCAAUGUCAACAUCAACGAAUACAAGCGCCGGAAGGACUUGGUGCUAAAGUACCGGAAAGGGGAUGAGGAUAGCCUCAUGGAGAAGAUCUCCAAGCUCAACAUCCACUCUAUCAUCAAGAAGUCGAACCGUGUGAGCAGCCACCUCAAGCAUCUCACAGGCUUUGCACCCCAGCUUAAGGAUGAAGCCUUUGAGGAGACAGAGAAAAAUUUCCGGAUGCAAGAGCGGCUGAUCAAGUCCUUCAUCCGGGACCUUUCCCUCUAUCUGCAGCAUGUUCGGGAGUCGGCCUGCAUGAAGGCGCUGGCAGCAACGAGCAUGUGGGACCUGUGCACGGAGAAGGGCAGUGGAGACUUGGACCAGUUCCAGAAAGUGAAUCGACUCAUCAGCGACCAGCUCUUCUCAAACUUUAAAGAGCGGACAGAGCGGCUGGUGAGCUCACCCCUGAACCAGCUGCUGAGCAUGUUUGCGGGGCCCCACAAGCUGGUGCAGAAGCGCUUCGACAAGCUCCUCGACUUCCACAACUGCACAGAGCGCGCGGAGAAGCUGAAGGACAAGCGGACGCUGGAGGAGCUGCAGUCAGCCCGCAACAACUACGAGGCUCUCAACGCCCAGCUGCUGGACGAGCUGCCCCAGUUCCUGCGCUUUGCCAAGGAGCUGUUUGCCAGCUGCCUGCGGGGCUACGCCGAGGCGCACUGCGACUUCGUGCGCCUGGCCCUGGAGGAGCUGAGGCCUCUCUUGUCGUUGCUGAAGGUGUCCGGCAGGGAGGGGAACCUCAUUGCCAUCUUCCAGGAUGAGCACAGUAGAGUCCUCCAGCAGCUCCAAGCCUUCACCUUCUUCCCAGAGUCCCAGGCAGCUCCCAAGAAGACUUUUGAAAGGAAGAGUGUGGAGCGGCAGUCUGCCCGGCGACAGCCCCUUGUUGGCUUGCCCAGCUACUUCCUGCAGUCAGAUGACAUCCGAGCUACCCUCCUGGCCCGCUAUCCCCCAGACAGUCUCUUCCAGGCAGAUCGCAAUUUCAAUGCUGCCCAAGACCUGGAUGUCUCACUGCUGGAAGGAGAUGUUGUGGGCGUCAUCAAGAGGAAGGACCCCAUGGGCAGCCAGAAUCGCUGGCUCAUAGACAAUGGGGUGACCAAGGGCUUUGUGUACAGCUCCUUUCUGAAGCCCUACAACCCGCGCCGCAGCCAGUCGGACGUCUCUGUGGGCAGCCACUCUUCCAACGAGUCAGAGCACAGCAGCUCCUCUCCUCACAGCAAUACCACACUGACCUUCAGCCCUAGUGGGGCAGCUGUCACCUUCACUCAGAAACCCCUGCAGGACUCAGCCUCCCCGACAGACCCAUACCACUCCCCACAGCCCUCCUCAGAGAUGGAUUCCCCCUCUCUGCCCCAGCUUGGCUCUGGUGACAGGACAGCCCCACUGGAGGCUGGUACGGUGACAUCUCAGCGCCACUACAGCCGCCCUGAGCUGGGCUGCAGCCCCAACUCUCGCAAUGGGCAUCCCACCAAAGCACACCUCCGGCCAGCGCCCUCAGUGGAGGACAGAGACUCUGGGCUGGAGAGCAGCGAGUCAGAAGGCAACCAGGUCUACUACGCUCUCUACACCUUCAAAGGCCGAAACACCAACGAGCUGAGUGUGUCCGCUAACCAAAGACUGAGGAUCCUGCAGUUUGAGGACAUCACAGGCAAUCGGGAAUGGUGGCUGGCUGAGGCACAUGGGAAGCAGGGCUAUGUGCCCUCCAGUUACAUCCGGAAGACAGAGUAUACGUGA